AUGUGGUCGAAACCAGUGGUUCUUAUUGUGCUUGCCUUCUACGUUAGUCUUUUUGAAGCGGCUGACCCUGAAAGGCGGCGGUAUACCAAUCCCACAUAUUACAAUGUGGGAGGAGUGCUAUCUAGUAAUGAAUCUGUUGCUUUCUUCAAAGACACUAUAUCGAAUUUAAACUUCAAAGACCAGUACGUACCACGAGGGGUUACUUAUCAUGAUUAUUCCAUUUUAAUGGAUCCGAAUCCAAUAAAAACCGCACUAAACGUUUGCAAGGAUCUAAUUGCACAUCGAGUGUAUGCUGUGGUUGUCUCCCACCCGCUAACUGGUGAUUUGUCGCCAGCUGCUGUCUCCUACACCAGUGGAUUCUACCACAUCCCUGUAAUAGGAAUCUCGUCUAGAGAUUCGGCGUUUUCUGACAAAAACAUCCACGUAUCCUUCUUAAGAACUGUACCACCUUAUUCUCAUCAGGCUGAUGUAUGGGUAGAUGUGUUGAAGCACUUCAAUUACAUGAAGGUUAUUGUUAUACAUAGCUCGGAUACCGAUGGUCGCGCUAUUCUAGGAAGGUUCCAAACAACCUCGCAAAAUGUUGACGAAGACGUAGACCGAAAAGUGGUGGUAGAACAAGUGAUUGAAUUCGAACCAGGCCUGGAUUCAUUUAAUGACAAACUUGCAGAAGUUAAAAGCGCCCAGUCGAGAGUGUUCCUUAUGUAUGCGAGCAAAACAGAUGCGGAGAUUAUAUUCAGGGAUGCGACAUCUCUUAACAUGACUACCGUUGGUUACGUGUGGAUGGUGACCGAGCAGGCGUUAGACGCAGCGAACGCGCCCGAAGGGCUCCUUGGUUUGCGACUAGUCAACGCGACCAACGAACACGCACACAUCCAGGACUCUAUAUACGUGCUAGCUUCAGCGAUCCGCGACAUGAACAAUACAGAAGAAAUCAACGCUCCACCUUCAGAUUGUGACAACUCUGGCUCUAUAUGGACGACAGGACGUAAAUUGUUCGACUUCAUCCGAUGGCAGAAACUAGAAAACGGUGCUACCGGGUUCGUGGCGUUCGACGAUCAUGGUGAUAGGGUGCAUGCGGAGUACGACAUGGUGAAUGUGAGAGCCCAAGGUGAACACGUGGCUGUAGGGAAAUACUUUUACUCGAAGGAAACCCAAAAAAUGCGUUUGGAACUGAAAGAACAUGAAAUUAUAUGGAUGGGCCGCAGUCCUACAAAACCGGAAGGCUUUAUGAUACCCACCCACUUAAAGGUGUUAACAAUAGAAGAGAAACCUUUUGUCUACGUCCGUCGAGUCGACGAAGGCAGCAAUUGUACCAUCGACGAAAUACCUUGCCCCCAUUACAACGCCAGCUACAAUACCAGUGAAGAUAUAGAUCAGCUGUAUUGCUGCAAAGGUUUUUGUAUGGAUCUACUGAAAUAUCUGUCGAAAGCGAUCAACUUUACAUACUCUUUAGCGUUAUCACCCGAUGGGCAAUUCGGGAAUUACAUUAUAAAGAAUCUGUCUGUGCCCGGUGCAAAGAAGGAGUGGACUGGGCUUAUUGGUGAAUUAGUUUACGAACGAGCCGAUAUGAUCGUGGCUCCAUUGACAAUAAAUCCUGAACGAGCAGAAUUCAUUGAAUUUAGUAAACCAUUUAAAUAUCAAGGCAUCACAAUAUUGGAAAAAAAGCCUUCUAGAUCGUCGACGCUAGUGUCGUUCUUGCAACCAUUUUCUAACACAUUAUGGAUUCUUGUGAUGGUCUCAGUCCACGUCGUGGCACUGGUGCUGUACCUCUUAGACAGGUUCUCGCCAUUCGGAAGGUUUAAGCUGGCUAAUAUCGACGGCACAGAAGAGGAUGCACUGAACUUGUCCAGCGCUAUAUGGUUUGCAUGGGGAGUGCUUUUGAACAGUGGUAUAGGUGAAGGAACACCUAGGAGUUUCUCUGCGCGAGUUUUGGGCAUGGUUUGGGCAGGAUUCGCUAUGAUCAUUGUCGCUUCUUAUACUGCCAAUCUAGCAGCCUUCCUGGUGCUCGAGCGACCGAAGACCAAACUCACGGGCAUAAACGAUGCGAGAUUACGAAACACCAUGGAGAAUCUUACGUGUGCAACUGUGAAAGGAUCUGCCGUUGACAUGUAUUUCAGGCGACAAGUGGAAUUGUCCAAUAUGUAUCGAACUAUGGAGGCUAAUAACUAUGAUAACGCUGAACAAGCUAUUGAAGACGUCAAAAAUGGUAAAUUGAUGGCGUUCAUAUGGGAUUCUUCCCGAUUGGAAUUUGAAGCAGCGCAAGAUUGCGAGCUCGUUACAGCUGGGGAACUGUUUGGUCGCUCUGGAUACGGCGUGGGUCUGAAGAAAGGAUCACCUUGGGCAGAUUUAGUCACAUUAGCUAUUUUGGACUUUCAUGAAAGUGGAAUAAUGGAAUCCCUGGACAACCAGUGGAUCCUGAGAAAUAAUAUGUUAAACUGCGAAGAAAACGAGAAAACACCUAACACUCUCGGACUAAAAAAUAUGGCAGGAGUGUUCAUACUCGUAUUGGCUGGCAUCAUAGGAGGGAUAGUCCUUAUAGUGAUCGAGGUGGUAUACAAACGGCACCAGAUUCGGAAGCAGAAGAGACUGGAGAUCGCUCGGCACGCGGCCGACAGAUGGCGUGGUGCUGUCGAGAAACGGAAAUCUCUUCGCGCUGCUAUUCUGCCGUCGCAGCGACGAGCGAAGUCCAAUGGGGUGAAGGAAGCGGGCAGCAUCAGUUUGGCAGUGGACCGCGGAGCAAGAAGGCGGGAUGAGCCGAGAGUGCCGAGAUAUCUUCCCGCGUAUACACCUGAUGUUUCACAUCUUGUUGUUUAG